AUGUCGGUUAAAAGAAUUAAGGGUCCCUCACUCUUUUUAAAAAUGUCUCUCUCCGUUCUUGUUCUUGUGAUUACCUUUGUUCUUGUCGUUUGUAAUUGUUGCCUUUCCGAGCAGGCAAAAACGCCCGACAAUCAAACGAAAUAUUUUGUGGACCUUGAACAUUAUGGAAAGGAUUUAAGAAAUUACACGAACUUAGCAAAUAUCUUGAAUACCCUUCCUUAUGAAAAGGAGGCCAGAUCAUUAAUCCGACAAGUCUUAAAGAAAGAGGACAAAUUGUGGAAUGAGUUCUCGAAAGCAAGAUUACGUUUAAUGAUAUGCAGAAAGACGAUAGAUGAUCUAAGAUCUGAAUUACCUCGUGUGGAUGAUGAACAUAAGUUGAUCAAACAUUUAGAUUAUAUUGUACAGGAGGAGAUUAAGGCGGAUGAUGAUGAUCUUACUGAGAUGUUAACGUCUGCAGAAGAUUCGACUAGAACUUCGCAGGAUGAUAUUAAAGAAUUUCUUCAAGAACUGAAUCAUGACCUCGAGCAGUACAACGAUCAAUAUUUGAAGAAAGUAGUCAUGUACGAAUUCGGUUUGCAGACAAGAAACAGAACAAUUACAGCAGUAGCAUCCAUUCUUAGAGGAAGAUCAUUCCCCACUGCCUUAGACAUGUGUAAAGCUCUAUCCAAGGAGCUUACAACCGAUACACACAUCAGUUGCAGAAAAAUUAAAAAACAUGGUCCCUCCCCUUAA